AUGCCGCUGCUUGAGAUGUUGGACAUUUCACUAUGCGACUUAUCCACCAAGUCUCUUGAAGUUGUUGGCCAGUAUUGCCCUCUCCUAACGGUCCUCGUGCUUGUGAGGUCUGGGCGUGAAUCGAUUUAUGAUGUUUACGAUGAUGAGGCAUUUGUUAUUGCUAAAACAAUGUUUGGGUUACGUCAACUUUAUAUCAUAGGAAAUGAGCUCUCUAAUGCUGGGUUGAUUGCAAUUCUUGAUGGUUGUCCUCAUCUUGAGUCUCUUGAUAUUCGAAGAUGCUAUAAUCUUCGUAUGGAUGAAAUUUCGAAGAAGUGUUUUGAUCAUAUUAAAAAUUUGCAACUUCCGGAGCCUAGAGUUUUUAACUUUGAUGACUUUGAUGACUAUUUUUACGUUGAUCAUGUAACUUAUCGGGAUUCUAUAAUUGAUGAAGAUUGUUACGAUCCUUAUGAUUGA